AUGUCUUUAUCUGUCGCCGGUUUUAACUCCUCCCCUCUCUUUGACCAAAUCAGAGACGCCUUGAACUCCAACAAGGCCGCCAAGGAUGCGAUCCUCAAGAAGACCAAGGCUGUUUUCGUCUUCACCGUCACAAACAAGGAAGGCCAGAAGCAGUCCUGGUUGGUUGACUUGAAGGAUACCGGUGAUGCCAAGAAGGUUGAAGAAACCGACGCCGAGGUCAAAUCUGCCGACAUUGUCAUCAACGUCAGUGACUUGAACUUGAAAAAAUUGGCCCUUGGUAAGGCCAACGCACAGAAGUUGUUCAUGUCCGGGAAAUUGAAGGUUAAGGGUAACGUCAUGAAGGCGGUUGCCAUUGAAGAGGUCUUGAAGGUUGCCAAGCCAAAAUUGUAAGCGACCUUAAGGUCUGCGCUGGCGUAUCAAACGACUUAUUCCGUAUAUUUAACAUAAUCACUAUUUAAUGCGCUGUAGGGGAGUGAACAAGACGAGCUCAAGAAACAGCUGGUUAAGAAUAAAGUGCAAUGUUAGAACGAUGAACGUUAGAAUAACGAGUCAUAGCUGAGAAUGUCGAAUACGAUGAAAAGUGUCAGUGUGGGGUAGUUUAUAUUGAUGUCUAAACACCAGAUUACAAGUUGGAAAUAAAGCUUGCAUAAUAAUUAUCG